AGCAGUUUACACAAGCCAUCAGUGCAGUUCUCACACUUACACACUUUAGUAAAUCUUAGGUGGUAAAAAUAUUUUGAGUUUGUCUUUAAAGAGGAGUCUGAGAUGACUUUGGACGAUGAGAACCAACCUGAUGCUUCAUCCAGGGAAAAAAAACUCUACCGACUGGUUGCUGUGAGUUUUGGACUCCUGUGUGUCCUACAAGCUGCUCUCAAUAUUUUUCUGCGUCAUGCUCUCACUUUACAGCUGAAUUCCCUGACUGCAGAGAGAGACGAGCUGCACAGGGAGCUGAAUAAUUCUGCUUUACAGCUGAAUUCCCUGACUGGAGAGAGAGACGAGCUGAAGAGGGAACUGAAUGUUUGGGUUCACUAUUCCAAACAAGGAUGGAGGUAUUUCAAUGGUAAUGUCUAUUAUAUUUCUUCAAUCAAGAAAACCUGGAAAGCCAGUAGAGAUGACUGUCGGCAAAAAGGUACUGACCUGAUGAUUAUCAACAGCGAAGAAGAGCAGGAUUUCACAAGACAAUUGAAGAAUAACAUGUGGAUUGGACUGACUGACAGUGAGACAGAGGGGACGUGGAAAUGGGUUGAUGGGACUCCACUGACCACAAGCUACUGGAUGGAUGGUGAGCCUAACAACUCUGACCUUAAAGAAGACUGUGUCGAAGUAAAACGAACAUGAAAAGAAAAACAGCUGGAAUGAUUUCCAAUGUGAUCUUCCAAACUUCUGGAUCUGUGAAAAGAAAGUGUCUCUGUAACUCAGCAUCCAAACUCACCAGAUGUCUGUAAAUGUUUUUUCUGUCUGCUUUGGUGCUGCAUCCACACAAAGUCAUUUCAAUGAAAAAAUAAUGAAUACCUGCUCAGGUAUUCAUUCCCUGUCCCUUUUUUUUUGUAUUAAAACAAAGUACUGGUGAUUGUGGAGAGCACGAAGGGACAGAAACAGCUGAGACUCAGCAAAGACAAAAUGAUAGAAGAUAUUCAGCCAUUUUUCUGUUUUGGCAUUUCAGCGUAGACCUUCUCAAAAUAAACCUAAAUAUGUUAACGUGGACACACAUUAUUUCUAGGCGUAAACAGAGUUUUCAGAUUUGCUGCCUUAGUGCAGAUCUAGUCUAAAACACAUUUGUUUAUCUGUUAUAAUACACAGAAAAAAAAGAUACAACUAGCUCCACUGCUUUGGUUGCAACAUAAUAAAAAGAGUGCUUUGUAUUGCUCAAUGCUAAAUGUUACAAUAAACAUUUGUUGCAAUCUUCA